AUGGAGAUGGGCGCCAUUAAUAACGGAUGGUGGACGUUCCAAAAGACCAAUGGUCACGAGUUUAUUCAGCUUUUUGAUGUGGUGUUGGUUUUCCCGGGAUCGAUAAAGAAUAAAUUCUAUGGAACCGAUCUAUUCCUUUUUAAAGGG